AUGUAUGGUAUUUGUAUGUUGUUGUUGUUGUUGUUGUUUUAUUGCUUGUAUGAAGGAGUAAAUAUAUAUAUAUUUAUAUUUAUAUGUGUAUAUAACGGUAUGCCUGCAUUUAGUGGGAAACAGAAAAAGAAGCAGCUGCAGGAAAGGCGACAGCGCAAGAAGCAUUAUGGGGAGGAGUAUGAGGACAUCCAAAGAAGAGAUGUCAUCCACCACAAUGGCAAUCCGCAUGGCCAUGACGGCGACAGAAGUAGUAACCGGAAUGAGGAAAAGGAUUAUGCGAAGGUGGAAUAUAAAUACGGUGCAGAUCGCAAAGGAAUUCGAAGUGUGUUUCUAAAGGAGACGGUAGAAGAAAUUGCCGCACGUAAAAAACGCGCAUAUGAGCCACUGAAACAACGGCGUUUUAUGGACGAAAAUGGUAUCCCUUUUGGCUCAUGGUUUAACAUGCCAGGGUACACCGAUGCUGCACUAAUGCCUUUUGCUGUGGAAAUGCCGACACGUGGAUGGGCAUUGGAUGAGGCGAUGUUGGAAAAUAAUAACCAAUGUGAUGAUAACACCUGUAGUAAAAAGAACGAUGAGGUCCUCCCUGAAAAUGUUUCCCUUGAAUCACGUGAGUUGGAACGCUUUGAAGUAUAUCUGAAAGCGGUGGACAAUUAUCCACUUCCCCCGGCCUUGCAGACAUUACAAUUAAGUUCAUAUGAGCGCAACCUCGAUGUUUGGCGGCAGCUGUGGCGUACAGUGGAGCAAAGCGAUGUGGUUUUGAUUGUGUGUGAUGUCCGUUACCCAAUCCUACACCUGCCGCUUUCCCUGUUGCAUUAUAUCGUGCGGCAGUGUAAGAAGUCUCCUCUUGUGUUACUUAACAAGGCCGAUCUUGUGCCAAGGCAUGUCCUCGACAAGUGGAUGGAGUUUCUGCCUCUUUAUUUCAAGGCGACCGGUGUUGUGUCCGCGGAUAAGGCUGAAGAGGCAUCCACCGGAAUUGUGUGUGAUAUUCCACUGCUGCCCUUCACAUCCCUCCCGGCAGAAGAAACCGCCUUUGGUGCGGAUGUCAACGGGAAUCCGGCGCGGCGUCGCAAAAAGAAGAAGCGGCACGCAAAGUUGUACGAGCAACUCCGCACAGGGAAACUGCAAUUACCGGAGACUCCCACAAGAGACGAAUACGGCGACGAUGAUGAGGAUGCAUGUGGAAGUUCCUCCCAGGACGAGGAAGAGAAUAAUAAAAGUGGCAGAGUGAAAUGUGAUGGGGAAUACACGUACGCUGAAACAGACAAUUUUAAAGGUAUGUACAAGGCUGAACGAGAGUUACAAUGUGAUAAACGUGAAUACAACGAGCUUCAGAUUGUCUCUGACAUGAUUUCAUUGCUCUUACAGAAGUGUCGUGCGAUGUGUGCAAAUAAAACUCAUGUUACAUGCGGUACUGGCGGCGAAGAGGCGUUUCUGCGUAUUGGUGUUGUGGGCCAUCCGAAUGUUGGGAAGUCGAGUUUGCUCAACUGCAUUCGUGGCACAAAGGUGGUGUCUGUCUCCGCAACGCCAGGGCACACAAAACAUCUGCAGACGAUCCCAAUCCCGUCCGAGCACGUUGUGCUCAUUGAUUCCCCGGGUCUUGCUUUUCCUCUCUUUGGUCUCCCAAGGGCCAUUCAGGCUGUUGUUGGCACACACCAGAUUGCCCAGACGCGUGACCCACAAAGUGGCGUAGCCUUCUUAGCAUCCCACCUUCAAAUUGAACGGCUUUACGGUUUGCGAAAAGUAGACGGGGCCGACGAUACGGUAGAGUGGUCACCGUAUGAGCUAUGUGAGAGCUACGCCAAGAAAAAGGGGUACUUUGUGAAGCAUGGUAAAGGGGCAUUGGACGUACACCGCGGCGCGAUUGAGAUCUUGCAGGAAGCGUAUGACGGACGUCUUGUGCUGUUCUUUGCCCCUCCUGACAUCACGUGGUUAGAGAGCAGUCAAUUCCGCAAGGAGAUUUGCCCGCAUCUUUUGAUGGAAUUGCAUCUACCAAAAAACAGUGGGUGA